AUGAUGCGCACCGCCACGAGAAGGGGCGCAACCAGGCGCACGACCGCGAGUUGGGCCACGACAAAAAGAACGGUCGAGAGCAUGGCCGGCAGCAGGUCGGAGCUGGCCUUUUGGCCGCGAUGUGCGACUCGGUUGGGCACGAAGGUUGGGGAUCUAAAGCGUCAGCAUGCGCGCGACGACGAGCAGGAGCGCGCGCAAGAGCAAGACCGGAAGCAGCAAGUCAAAGGCAGGCGCGGCUGGGUGGCAAAACCAAAAAUGAAGUGGCUCGCCCGGUCCAACUUUGGUCGCGACAAGACAAAGUAG